CUGUCUGUGAUAGAGAUAUUAAGAUUCUUAUCAGAAUACUGAGAGCUUAUAAUAUUCCUACAAGGAAAACAACAGUUAAUAGGUCCUUGGGUAUGCCUACUUAUUUGGUAUCAUCCAUGUCUCGCCUCAGACAUAAAGAAACAAUCAAAUCAUUAGCCUCAGAUGAAAUCUUAAAUGAGGAUACUGUACACCCCUUUGUGGAGGUUUCCUUUCAGCACACUGUAUACCAAACCAGCAUUGCCAGUGGAUCUCAUCCAUGCUGGAAUGAAGAAAUUAAAGUAGAUUUUAUCUUACCAGGACAUGAUUGUAACUUCUCAAGUUUAUCUAAAAUAAAAGAUAGUAUAUAUAUCAACAUUUUUGAUGAAAUGAUUAUUGAAAAGCAUGAGGAUCGCUGUUUCAAGAGCUGCAGUGGUCAUUCAUAUAUAAGAAAGAAUUGGCUUGGAUCCAUUGUCUUCCCUUUCUCUGCUCUCCUACAACAAUCUGAGAUUAGUGGAACAUUUCAAGUAAAUAUUCCACCUGUUUUGCUUGGGUAUACUUGGAGUAAGACUUACGUGUCUCCUAAAGAAGAUUAUAAUGGACAGAAUUUAAAAGAAUGUACCUUCUUAAAUAUUUUUGCUACUAUUGAACCUCAAAUAUCAUAUACCAUCUGUAGUCCAGAACUAGACAAGUUUUCAGAUCAAAUAGAUGUUUUGGAGAGAGCAUGGAUUUUUACAAAAAAUUGUAAGGCAUUAUUUCCUAAACGAAGAAUCAUCACUACUGUUUUUAAUGAUGAAGGGAUACAGAUCUUAGUAAUAAGAUACAUCAAGGCAUUGAAUCCACCUCAGCAACUCCUGGAUAUGUUUCUUCAUUAUUCUAAUGCAACACUUCACUGCAUCAGUUUGGCUAUUGGAAAUAAGGAGGAGCAUGCCAUACUUCUGUGUAAUUUCUUCCUGUAUUUUGGAAAGAAAGCUUUGGUCCUUCUAGGAACCUCGGUGUUGGAAGGGCACGUGGCGUAUGUAUUAACUCAGGAAACUGAUGAAUAUUUGCUUUGGAAUCCAUUAACUGGACAGUGUCAUAAGCAGUUUGACCCAUUUUGUCCAUUACAAGGUGUAGAUUGUUUGUUUGAUGGUGAAAACGUCUGGUUUAAUCUGCAGCAGAAUAAUUCACCAAUGGCUGUGUAUUUUGACUAUUCAAAGGAAAGUUUCUGGAAACAGUUGCUUCCAAAAAAUUAUCAAGGAACAAACACACAAAGCAUUCAGCCUGAAGAAAUAAUUUAUUCUGAUACUAAUAAGAGCAUGGUAGAAGAUCUAAAGAACAGGAUUGAAAGAACUCUGAAGUGUAAAAUAAUGGAAUGGCGGCCUAAACAGCCAACACGUUGGAAUAGACAGUGUACUUUCAUUUUACGACAGAUUCUUCCUAAGUUAGAACUUGGUACUGCAAGCUUUGUUUCAUCUGAAGAAGAGAGUGAAUUUGAAAGACUACUACAAUUUUAUUGGGUCACAGGAUUUCCUAUCCAGAUGCCAUACACUGAUGUCCAGUCAGUUAUUGACGCUGUGUAUCAAACUGGAAUUCAUUCUUCUGAAUUUCCACAGACAGAAUUUGCUCUAGCUGUGUACAUUCACCCCUACCCAAACAACAUAUUAUCUGUGUGGGUCUAUUUGGCUUCAUUAGCUCGACAUCAGUGAAAAGGAAAAAGAUAGAAGGAGAAGAUGGUACAUGGGCCCCCAACCAAAAGACAGACUUUUCUGGUACUUGGGAUUUUUCUGUUUAUCCUCAAGUCCAGACAAGCGUGAGCCCAAUUUUUGGCUCACUUAUAGAGUAAGGCACAAGACUCACUGCCUGAGUUUCUGGGGACAAAUAUAAAUGACCUCCUCAUCAGAGGCCUCAUCAAGGAGGACCCUUCGGAAAGUCUGGUGCCUGGGAUCACUGUCUGCAGUAGGUUUUAUUCUAGGAAAGAAGCAAUUCUGGCCUCUCUCCACAGCCAGUGUUGCUCUAAUUGGGGGCCCCCAUCACCUCCAUCACCUCAAAAUCACUUGGAAAGCCCUAUUGAAAAUACAGGUUCCCACAUCCCAUCCAGGACCUACUGAAUCAGGAUCUCUGAGAGUACAGCUCCAGAACCUACAUUAUUUAAAAAAAAGCUUCCCAGGCAAUUCUCUUAACCAGUUAAGAAUGAGAACCCUGCCUUACAGAAUGCUGUCAUUACUAAAGUGAGGCUGAUAACUUUGAUGAUGGUUCUGAUGGAAUUCCAGGCAGGAGUUAUUCAAAUAGAAACCCAUGAGAUAAAAGAUUAUUUCACUGAAGAAUAAGAAGGAAAUAUGGCAUUUUGGGUUAAGGACAGCUUCUGUGGGCUUCUUAAAAGUUUUCUCUUUAGAUACUACUGACCUAAAGUCAUUUCACCUCCAAGUAUUUAGAAGGGACUCUCGGGAAACACUACCCAAAUUUUUUCCUAAUUCUGUGAGAAAGGGAGAUAUAUGCCUUACCUGAAUCUCAGAGGCCUCUUUAUCUUAAUGAGCAGCUCCCCAUUCUGCCUCUGGCACUUUCUGCUGCUUUUCUUUCACAGUGGUGCCCCAAGGAGACCCAUCCAGGGCCUCAAGAAAGAGUGGGUAGGGAUCUAAGUAGAAAAUACUGUACUUUAUUAUAUUUGAUUGUUCUGUACUUCAUUGAGCAAAGUGUUCAAAUAGUUUAUUUAAAUGUUACACAACAACUUAUUUUUUAAUCAAAGGAUAGAUUUCCAAAGGUUUAUGAGAGCAAUUUUAUAUGAGGUUAAAGUAAGAAAAAGAAGAUUCACUUCUCCUACUGUAGUAGCACUGGGGUUCCUUGAAUCACUCCCAGAGAAGCAGAGAGCAAAAACCCCAAAUUCAUCCUCAGGGAACCCUCAACCUACAUCCCCUCUCCCAAUAUACCUGCAGAGGCCAGAGAAGACCUUAUUUAUUUGCAGGAUGUUAGUCUCAGACCAAACUCAAGAUUACUAGAAAGAAAGGGUAUGUAGGUAAAGAGAAUGUUUUUUCUGCAAGGUUAAAACUUUGUUAUAUAUGUCUUCUGUCAUGCAUCAGAAAAAUGAUCAGAAUUGUUUUUAUUUGAAUGUUUUUGUUUAAACAUUCAUUAUUAACAUUCAUUAAACAUAUAAACAUUCAUUAUUUGAAUGUUGUGUUUAAAUGCUAUAGGAGGCUUUGUUAUUACCAAGUUUCCCACAUCAAUUGGGGUAGCACAAAAUGAUAUCUGUGGAAAGACAAGUUUGCCAAAUAAAGGCUGAACUCAUACAAUUCA